UGACUGUACUGUCACUGUCACUGCACCGCGUCGACUUAAAUAGUUGGAAAUUCAUUCCAACAAAUGCUUUCAUAUUAUCGUUUAAAAUAGAAAAUAUUAUUACUUUAUAUUGUAUAAACAAGUGGAAAAAUUUUACUUAAUCAAGUUGUAUUACUAAAAAACAAUGACUGAAACACCAGAGGUAGUAAAAAUCAACAAAUGGGAUGGUGCAGCCGCUAAAAAUGCCAUUGACGAUGCUAUAAGAGAGGUCUUGACUGGAGAUCUAAAGUGCAAGGAGAGCUUUGCCCUCAUUGAUGGCCGGUUAUUCCUGUGUGCUCUGGCUGUUGGGGUGGCACUCUAUGCUCUGCUAUGGGAUUAUCUUUAUCCCUUUCCACAAUCAAAGCUGGUACUUAUAAUAUGUGUCUCCUCAUACUUCAUACUUAUGGGCAUUUUGACAUUAUACACCACUUUCAAAGAAAAAGGUAUAUUUGUGGUUGCUAAGGAAAAAGUUGGAAACAACACAAGAGUUUGGGAAGCUAGCUCUUAUGUUAAGAAACACGACGACAAAUACAACUUAGUAUUGGUAAUGCGCGAUUCAAAUGGCAAAUCCCGUGAAGCGUCUGUUAACAAGUCAUUUGCUAACUUCAUCGAUAGCAAUGGUACGAUAGUACAGAACCUUGUCCUGAACGAGAUCACAAAGAUAUACAAUUCUCUCUCAACAGAGAAAAAGGAGAAGUAAUUACAGUGCACAAAUCUGUUCUCUUACUUAAGGUCUGACAUUAUUGUAACUUUGUCUCAAUAAAGUUUUAUUGAAUACUUUUA